CCUUCGGGCCGCAUGGGCGGCUGCCCCGGUGGCCCUCGUGGCCGCGGCGUCGCUCCUGGCCGCGGGCUCCUCCCCGUGGCCGCCAGCCUGCCUCCCGGCCUGCCUGAGGGCCCUCGCGGCUUGCCUGCCAGUCUGCCUCGGGUUUGCCGUCUUCCUCCGGGCGCUGUACGGACAGUACCAGUGCGUGCUGAGGGCAGGCGUCGACAGCGUUUUCCAGGAGUGCUACGCGCGCUUCUUCGUCCACGGGGGCGGGGAGGACCUCCGGGACAGGUGGCGGAGCGUCUCCCCCACGGUCCGGAGCGUCCUCGACGCGGUGCCGUCUCUCUCGCUCCUGCCGCGCUUCCGCCCCUGGGAGCUGCUCCGGAUCGGGGACUGCCUGGAGAGGUCGGCGGCGUGCCGAGAGGGGGGAAGCGAAGGGGGGGCGGGGCUCAUGAUGUUCCAACCUUUCGGGGGCGGACAGAACCCCCAAUAGUGACACGUCGAUUAGUGAAUUGUCCGUUUUCGGCUUUCGAGAGGGCGCCGUGGCCGUUAUUUUCCAGGCUUGCGCCCGCCGGGUUUGGGCCCGAGGUCG